UCCGUGUGCAUACAAAUAACAAAGCGAUGGGUCAUAAGUCAUAAAUCAUAGUUACCAUCAUUAAUCUUAUGACUAAUCACUGGACAACAAGUGAUAAAUCGUAAGAUACUGCUAGGAGAAGUUAGUAGAUGAGAAGGUGAGAAGGAUAAAUAGCAGUGCAGCCUAGUACAUGGGUAACAGCCUAGGAGUAAUCGUUGCUGUAACUUUGGGACGAGGCACAGAGCUUUCUUAAGCUGAAGGCUGCAGCUGGCUAAGAGGGGUGCUCUUCUCCCCGAUGAGCAAAAACCAAAUUUGGAACGCAUUCAGUUGGGAAUCGCAGCUUCUGGAAACCGGGUUUUUGGCAAUCUUCCUGUGCCCUUUGUGGACUCUUUCCCGGGUGGCCAAGGAUACCCCUCCUUCCUUUAUUGUCAUCUGGGCCUAUCGCUGGCUUAUUUUCAGAAUCAUGCUCGGAGCGGGGAUGAUUAAAAUACGAGGGGAUCGUUGCUGGAAGGACUUGACCUGCAUGAAUUAUCAUUACGAGACCCAGCCUGUUCCCAAUCCGGUGGCCUAUUUCAUGCAUCGGUCGCCUUGGUGGUUCCAUGCAUUUGAGACCCUCUUCAACCACUUCAUUGAGCUGGUUGUGCCCUUCUUUGUCUUCCUGGGGCGGCGCAUGUGUAUAGCCCACGGCAUUCUUCAGAUCCUCUUCCAGGUACUGCUUAUCAUCAGUGGGAAUCUGAGCUUCCUCAACUGGUUGACCAUCGUGCCCAGUAUAGCGUGCUUUGAUGAUGCCUCCUUGGGGAUCUUGUUUGGUUCCAGCAAAGGAUCUCUGAAGACCCACGUCCUGAAGAUUCAAGCCGAAGAGGCAACAGGGAAAGUUGGCCCUUUACAAUACGGGAGCUAUAUCCACAAAGCUGUGAAUGUAACCUUGGGGGCACUGAUCCUCUUCCUCAGCAUUCCAGUGGUUCUCAACCUGAUUAGUUCCCGGCAAAUCAUGAACACUUCCUACAACCCCCUCAGGAUCGUCAACACAUACGGAGCAUUUGGAAGCAUAACCAAAGAGAGAACCGAGGUUAUAAUCCAAGGGACUUCCAGCUCGGAUCCCAAUGACCCUGCUGCAGUUUGGGAAGAAUACGAAUUCAAGUGUAAACCAGGGAAUCUGCAAAGGCGGCCCUGCCUGAUCAGCCCCUACCAUUACCGCCUGGAUUGGCUGAUGUGGUUUGCCGCUUUCCAGACCUACGAACAGAACGAAUGGGUCAUUCACUUAGCCGGGAAACUCUUGGCCAACGAGAAAGAAACUUUGUCUCUUCUGGCCUUCAACCCAUUUGAGGACAAGGCGCCACCCAAGUGGGUUCGGGGAGAGCAUUUCAGAUACAAGUUCAGCCGGCCAGGUGGACAGCAUGCCCAGCAGCAGAAAUGGUGGAUCCGUAAGAGGCUUGGGCCUUACUUCCCACCCGUCAACCUUAAAGGACUGAAGAAGUUUUUCAGGGCUCGAAACUGGCCGGAUCCAAAGCAGAACUGAGCAAAAACCCCGUUCGGAAAUCCAGAAUUCCCAACCCCCCCCGCCCCCCAGUUUUGUCUUUGGCCAUCCUGUGGGUUGUGUAAAUUCUCUUCUCUGUUGUCGAUACUUCACAGUAGGGCAAGCCCCAGCACUCUCUAAAGGCCACUAGGCCAGGGAUAAAAACAGUGGAGUUUCUUUUCUACAUUUAAGGGAGCUGAAGCCAAAUUGGAUGCUUAGGGCACUAUUUGGAAAUGAAUGGGGGGAAAAUGAAAACUCUGUCUGUAAGUAGAUGUCAGCAACUCUUACCCUCUUGAUUAGCCUAACACAGGGGUCUGCAAACUUAGCUCUUUUAAGACUUGUGGAUUUCAACUCCCUCAGUUCCUCAGCCAGCAAAGCUGAAGUCCACAAGUCUUAAAAGAGCCAAGUUUGCAGACCCCUGGCCUAACAGAAGGGACCCUUUCCAAAGAUCAGCCAAGUGUAGACACACAAAAUGCAAUAACUAGAUGUGUUAACAAGUCCUGAAGGCAGCGUUGGUUUUCACAUUAUCUUACUACCGGUUCGCCCCACGCACCUGGUUUGCACACGCACCUGCCUUCCACACAUGCGCCCGGCCUUCUGUGCAUGUGCUGUGCUUGCUCGUGGGCCUUCUGCGCUUGUGCCCGGCCUCAAAAACAUGCCUAAAAAUAGGGCAGCAUAGAGCCGGGGCAGGUGGACAGGCCCACCCACAAUUUCCACUACCGGUUCGGGCAAACCGGUCCAAGCCAGCUGAAUGCCACCUCUGCCUGAAUGUUAGCAAAAUUAGCAAGAUAAAAGGAGGUAACCUUUGUGAUACAAGAGGGAGAGCGAGUAGUUGAGAAGAUGGAGGAUUUUUCUUUUAAAAAGGCAUGGAAUUAAUCUGACAUCUGUCUAGGGCGGUUGAGUGUUUAAUUUGAGAGCUAUUACACACUGAAAUUGUCAUAUUAGACGUUCCAUUUAAAUGAAAGUAAGUUCUGUCCAAGACCCAACAACUUAUUCCCCUCCCACCAACUUUUGGAAGAAUGAGGUCCUGCACCCCACCUUAUAAAAAUCAGGUUGCAGAAGCCUGGACUCAGGGGUCCUCAAAGGCUGUUGGUUCAACUGGUUUCUGCCUGAAGUCAGCUUCAAUAGGUCAGUGGAUCCUUCGAGCGCCGUCAAACCCUUCGUGCAAAGCCAUAGAUGCAAAAUUGAAAUAGAAUGCAAAAAAGGAACCAAUACCUCGUGAGAUUUCAUGCGGUUGCGUAAAGGUCUAGUGAGGUGUUGCUCCGCUCAGGGAUUUCAGCCAAGUGACUUUGCACACCUCGACAAGAGAAAUCAAAUCCUGUUAAGGUAGACUUUAAUUUCAUUUUUAGGUCCUUGGGCGCCACCUAGUGUUGAUAUGGUUAUUAUAUCAGUAGGACAGUAAUUACUGGGUGAGGAGAUAUUUCUCUUAUUUUUUUCCUUUUGAUACCUUUCCCCUCUUUCUCCGGAACAGCCUCUGGGGAAGCGAGGCAGCUCCCACCAAAAAUCCUGAACGAUCCAGUUGACCAAUUAAUGCUUGGCUUGUGAGGACGUUUUGCCCACAACCCACUGGGGCAUUUGUUAGUAUUUUUAUUUGGCAUCUGCUUAUAUUUGAGCAUAAUACAACACCAAUUCUUGGGAAACUUAAGACAAACCAACUUUUUUUUUUUUAAUUCUUCAUUCAAGAUGAGGCAGCAUUAAAAUACACCCUUAAUGUCCAGAGUUCAAAUUCACAGAAACGGCUUUUAAAAAAAUCUUCUACUUUUAACUUACUGUCCACCAGUGGUCAAAAUUAGAAGGAAUUUGUCCCAAGGACUACGCAUAUUCUCCCUAUUAUGUAUUUUUUUUUGAUCUAAUGGGGUCUCUGUUUCUCCUUACAAGGGGACUAAUAGAACACAAGGCCUAAUCCCACAUAAAACCUUGCUAUCCAAAAAACCUGUUUCACAUGGGGGGAAAAAAACCAGUUAUCAUUCUUUUCUAAUAAA